AUGCUCCGGGUGUGCAGCAACGUGGAGGACGCGCUUGCGCUGAGCAAGCGGUGGCAGGUUCCGUUGCUGGUGUUUGUGCACAGCGCGCUUCCAGAGACUGCCAGGGCGGACGCCGACGCCGACGCCGUCGACUUGGCGGAACUGUAUACAACGUCUUCCCACGGAAGGAAGACCAUCAAACCGACGUUUCGGUUGGGGAGAGCGCCGCUGGCCGGCAAUGGGGCGGCGCAGCGAAACGCGUUGGAGGCCGUAUUGCAAGAAUCCCGCCUCGGUUCAGUGACGGUUGUGCACUUUGUGGGGGCAGGCUCAGCGGCGCACAACCUCUUCGUGGCCGCGGUGCCGGAGGCCAGCGCCAGCGUUCCGCGCCUGCACGUGUUUCCGCCCUCGCUGCGGGAGCGGCCAAGAAGUGUGUUGAGCGGCCACACCCUCACCCCUGGGCGCAUCUGCGAGGCUCUGCGCGUUGAGCUGCAGACGCCGCCUCCGGCGAAACUUGCCGGGGCGAAGGAAGAAUUUAUGCGGCACGUCGAAGAGGUGAGUGCCGCCACGGCGGCGAUGGGCGCUGGAACCGGCGCCGCUGCCACACACGCAGCAACGGCGUCGCCGGGUGCGGGCUGCGGUGGCCCGGCGGGUCUGCACUUCGUCGCGCUCAACGGGCUCGAGCGGCGGGAGGUGGUCGCCACCGCGCCCGGCAUGACGCUGCGCACCGUGUGGGUGAAGGUCCAGCAGGCGCUCGAGCGGGAGCGGGAGCGGCAGGCGGCGGACGAGGCAGCGGCGCCGCGUGGGAGCACAACUUCUUUCGUCCUGCGCGUCGACCCGCCCGCCACCGCCGCCGCAGGCGGAGGAGGAGGGGCUGCCGACCAGGCGACGGCGACGGCGACGGCGGCGGUGGUGGUGGACUCCGUGGAGGCGGCCGCCAAACUUGACAUUCACGCGCUGCCGCAUAACACAACCGUGACGGUGCUGCGGGAGGGUGCGAGUGCGGAGAGCAGCACGCAGCCCGCCGGGAAAGCAGGCGGCCAUGAAUCGCCCAGCGGGCACGACGAGGAGCGAAAGGGGCGGUCCUGCGACGGAGGCGUUUGCCGGCUCCGUGGCACCCCUCCCAGCGGCGAGCCGACCCCCGCGCAGCCGCUGACGCCGAUGCCGGCGCCCCCCACUGUCCCCGCCGUGGUGGCGGCGGCCGAGGAGGAGGCGACGCCGCCGCCGCCGCCGGUCGCCGCCGCCGCAGGAGGAGGAGGGGCCGCCCGCAUCCACGUGCGCUGCUCCCUGCCGAGUGGGGGCACCCACACGGUGGACGGCCUGGACCCCGCCACCGCCAGCCUGUCCGCGCACCUGCGCGGCCCCAUUGCGGAGUUGCUUGGCCACAGCGCCUUUGCCUUUGCCCGCGUGUACCCGCCCCACCGCUUCUCCUCCGAGGAGGAGGCGCAGCCGCUUGAGGCCCUUGGGAUGCGCACCUCGUCCGCACUGCGGGUGGUGCCCACCGGUGGCCCACCCACCGCCUCGCCGGCGCGGAACCUCGCAGACGCCAGCAAAAGUGGGUUAUUUGGCCUCGUCUCCUCGCUGCUGCGGCGCGGCAGUGGCCCAACGCCCGCCCCCGCCGCAGCCGCGCCGGGUGGCAGUGUGCGUGACGCCGCAAGGGCCCGAUUCGGGACGAUGGCCGAGUUACGUGCGAAGGAGGAAGAGGAGGAAAAGCGGGCUGCGGCCGAGGCCGAGGCCAACGCGGCGGCGCGUCGCCCAAACGAGCCCCGUCGGAGGAAAGCGAACCGGUACUACGGUGGGAGCUCCACCGAGUACACGGGGUGGGACGGCAGCGGGGAGGAGGAAGCGGAGGAAGAGAAGUAG